AUGAGCGGCAGGGUGGGCGACCUGAGCCCCAAGCAGAAGGAGGCGCUGGACAAGUUUCGGGAGAACGUUCAAGAUGUGCUGCCCUCUCUGCCCAACCCAGAUGACUAUUACCUCCUGCGCUGGCUCCGAGCAAGAAACUUCGAUCUGCAGAAGUCAGAGGCCAUGCUCCGCAAGCACGUGGAGUUCCGGAAACAGAAGGACAUUGACAACAUCAUUAGCUGGCAGCCUCCGGAGGUGAUCCAGCAGUAUAUGGCUGGGGGCAUGUGUGGCUAUGACCUGGAGGAUUGCCCGGUCUGGUAUGAUAUCAUCGGCCCUCUGGACGCCAAGGGACUGCUGUUCUCGGCCAGCAAGCAGGACCUGCUGAGGAGCAAACUGCGUGAUUGUGAGUUGCUUCAGCAGGAGUGCGCCCGCCAAACUGCGAAGUUAGGAAAGAAGAUAGAGACUAUCUCUAUGAUUUAUGACUGUGAGGGCCUUGGCCUCAAGCAUCUCUGGAAGCCUGCAGUGGAAGUCUAUGGCGAGUUCCUCUGCAUGUUCGAAGAAAAUUACCCAGAGACACUGAAGCGCCUUUUCAUUGUCAAAGCACCCAAGCUGUUCCCUGUGGCCUACAAUGUCAUCAAACCCUUCCUGAGUGAGGAUACUCGCAAGAAGAUCAUGGUCCUGGGAGCAAACUGGAAGGAGGUGUUACCAAAAUACAUCAGCCCUGACCAGAUGCCUGUGGAGUAUGGGGGCACCAUGACUGAUCCCGAUGGGAACCCCAAGUGCAAGUCCAAGAUCAACUAUGGAGGUGACAUCCCUAAGAAGUAUUAUGUGCGCGACCAGGUGAAGCAGCAGUACGAACACAGCGUGCAGAUUUCCCGCGGCUCCUCCCACCAAGUGGAGUAUGAGAUCCUCUUCCCCGGCUGUGUCCUCAGGUGGCAGUUCAUGUCUGAUGGCGCAGACGUGGGCUUUGGCAUUUUCCUGAAGACCAAGGUGGGAGAGCGGCAGCGAGCCGGGGAGAUGACAGAGGUGCUGGCCAACCAGAGGUACAACUCCCAUCUGGUACCUGAGGACGGGACCCUCACCUGCAGCGAGCCUGGCAUCUAUGUCCUGCGUUUCGACAACACCUACAGCUACAUGCAUGCCAAGAAGGUCAGUUUCACGGUGGAGGUCCUGCUUCCGGAUAAAGCGUCAGAGGAGAAGAUGAAGCAGCUCGGGGCUGCUUCAAAAUAACACCACCUCCUGGCAGCAGACCU